AUGAUGAGAAUAUCUAAACUAUCGCCUGCAGUGUGCAGUAGUAGCUCCGGAUCUACUUCUUUGUUGAUUGUCAGAUCCUAUUGCACAAAGAGUGGACCUGUAGGUAAAGGUGGAGAAAAGUUAUCUAGCUUUUCAAGCAAGUUUGAAAGGUUUAAUAACAACAAGUAUGAUCAUAAGAAUAACAACAACAAUAACAGCAACCAUACUACAGGCUCUCAUCAAGGUGAUAAAAAGAAUAACUACAACAAUGGUGUUGAUAAACAAUGGGACCCUAGAAAGAGACCAUCAACCAAUCCCCCUUCUCAAUCUCCUCCAUUAUUCAAUAAUCUAUCAUCAUACAAUAAACAACAACAACAACAACAAAACAAUGUCAACAAUCAUAACAAUCAAAACAAUUUUAUCAACCCAAAUAAUAACAAGAUUAAUUUCAACUUUGGUAAUAAUAACAAUAAUAAUAAUAGAAAUAAUGACAAUAGACAAAAUACAACUCCAUAUAAUAAUAAUAAUAAUAAUAAUUAUAAGUCUAAUUAUAAAAGUGGAUUUAAUAAUAAUAAUAAUAAUAAUAACAAUUUCACCCAACAACAAAAUAAUACAUUUAACCCAUUGAAUAAUAAUAAUAAUAACUCAAAUAAUAAUAAUAAUAGUUCAAACCCAAUCAAUAAUAAUAAUAUUUUAAAUGGUAAUAAUGUUGAAACCAACAAAAAAACAUUUAUUGGAUUUAGUGACACUAAACCUUAUCCAGAGGUUGCAUUUGAAGAUCUAAAUAGAGAAUUGAGCAAAUUAAUAGAUCCAUCAAAUUUGGAAGCUGUCAAUGAUAUGGAUCUAGUGACUAGACCAAAAGGAAAUGUUUCAUAUGCUUCUAGUACCGAAAUGGGAACUAUAUCACAUCCAGUUACAUUUAUAAAUGCACCUGUACCCGAAGGUUAUGUACUUUUGGACAAGAUUGGAAAACCACAAGUAGUCAACCAACUCGACUUUUCUCGUAUUCCUACUCUUGCUCAUGGCCUAGAUAGGGCCAUAGAGGAGCCAGGAAUUCAUCCAGUUUUCGAUUUCGAUGGUAGCAACAAUUUUUCAAGUUAUUUAUCUCACAUUUAUGAUUUUGAUUCUUUAAUCAUGAGUAGUAACUAUAUGAUUCCUUCUCAAGAUCCAGAACUAUUAACAAAAACAAGUGAUUUCAAAUGUAAAUUUUUAUCAUCAACAUCAUCUAUUACAAGUGUUUUGGCGGCAAUGUAUUUAUCUGUAUUCAAAAAAUAUACUGUAAAUCAAUUUGGAUUGAAUUCACAGCUCCAAAGCAUGUCUAAAUUCACACCACAAGUAUUAAAACCAACUGCCAUCACAUUGACAGCUGUAAAGGAUGAUAUUUGGGCCAUUGACAUUAAUAAUGGUAAUAUUCCAAAGAAAAAUGAAGUUCUCAUGGAGUUGGGUCAUUCAAUGGAAAAAAUGUUAACCCUAGAGGAAGAAGAAUUCCUUGCAAAGUUAUUGAAAACAAAUAAUUCUGUUCCUGUAGAAUUUGAUGAUUCUUAUGUUUUCACAAAGUUUGAUAAUUUAAUGUAUAGAUCACAAAUUGAUUGUUAUUCAGAUAAAAUUAAAGGAAAAGGAGAAAGAAUGACAUUUGAUUUAAAGACACGUGCCACAAGACAAAUUCGUUAUCAUGUUUGGGAACAUGAUGUUCAUUUAGACUACCAUCUCAAAAAUGUUGUUGGACUCAACGAAUCCUAUGAAAGAGAGCUUUCCGAUAUGACCAGAUCUAGUGGCAUUAAAUACGCAUUCCAGGCCAAGAUUGGAAAUAUGGAUGGACUCUAUAUCGCCUAUCACAACACCAAGAAAAUCUUUGGCACUGAAUACCUGCCACUCGAAAAGUUGGAACGUAUCGUUUUUUGGGGCAAUCACAUUGCCGACGAUGUAUUCCGUAUCACCAGUACGCUUUUGGAUAAAAUCCUUACACUCAUUACUCAAACAUGUGAUCGUCGUUACAAGUAUCGAGUAUUUUUCCACGUCGACCGUGUAAAGAGCAACUAUACAAAAGAUAGAGGUGGCAUUCCUAAAAUCGACCCUUUUGCAAUUGGCGAUACCUUGCGUGUAUUUGUUGAAGAGCUUUCUAAAACUGAAUCCUAUCAAAACAGCAAAUUUACAUACACAACCGAUAGUGAAUUGGCAGAGUUUGAAUCCCAACAAAUUACCAAUCCAGUUUCAUUGUACACAUUGUCAACUGUAGCCACUGUCAAUGGUCAUCGUGUCAGAGGCAGUUUACACUACAAUCCAAAAGAUGAAAUGAAGAUUUACUAUGACUUGCAAAAGGUUCCAAACACUUCAAAUGUUCUUGUCAAAUAUGCAGAGGCUCUUAGAUUAUCUGGGCUUUAUAAAGAAUUUUCGGGUUAA